AAGGCAAAUGCUAGCCUCAAUCAUAUGAAUCAGUGGCAUACAGUCAAUAUUUACUGCAAGAAUGACUGGACGGAUGCCCAUUGCUGGGAAGCUAGUACUCCCGUCAUUGUGUCUAUGCUAUAUGUCGACCUACAAAGCCGAUUUGUGAGAUCGAACUCCAAGCUGGGAUUGGAGCUUCACCUAACAGGCACCGGUGUCUUGGGAAGGCUAGAUGGAAGUAUCGACCUCGGCGAAUUCGAAGAGGACGGCAUCGAGUUUCUUGCGCAAAGCUAG